UGAUAGAAGGAGAUCAAGUGAUCUGACUGUCACAUGCAACAUGGCUUCCUGGUGGGGAUUGCAGUCGGUGUGCAUGGUGCUGGUCCUGCUGUUGGCGUCGGUGCCGGGAGCCGAGGGUCUGGACGGAGGGGACGCGGUGGCGUUGCUGCUGGGACUGGCGAUCAGCACGGUGGGGCUGUGCGCCUGCUUGGGCUGGUACGCCCGCAGGAGGAACGGGCAGCUGUGAGCCGAGCAGAGAGAGAGAGCGCCGAGCCUCAAAAAACAUGCAAGUGCAACAGCGGCAGGGCCCCCAAAGCAACCGAUUUAUAGGAAACUCCGUGAGAGAUGGAGGUCGCCAGCAAUGCAGCGUUUCCUUUCCGGGACUCCUUGCACAGUCAGCCGCGGGCACGUCGCCCCAUUCAUUUCCCCGGCUUGUGCAUUGCUGACCCGGCCACAUGGGCGUCUGUGCAAGGCAACAACUUUUGCAUCUUGCUGCAAGGCAACAACUUUUACAUCUCUCUGCCUCUUCGACCUCCCCAGAGUCAUGAGACCGUGCUUCAGAUCAGGAGUGCUGGCUCGCAGCCCCUCAAAUUGACGUUUAAAAGUUUCUCAAAGGCCGAAUUGGAGCAGAAAACAAAAUUACAACGCGGAAGUGCAAGUCCUUGCUUUGGUACCCCGACAGGCAAACGCACUGCUUUUGACGAGAAAUUGGGACGUUUACCCCCAAGGGUGUUUGCGCUAAACGUUAAAUAAUUUAUUUCGCCAGGGUAAAAGUUGGAGAUAUGUUUGAGUUGAAAUGUUACGUUUCGGUUAGUGAAACCCCCACCCAGUUUGAAUAUUGCCACCUAGUGUCGCAAAAACCAACUAAAUGUUUGCGAUAACGUUUCAUUUCUGUUCACUUGCAACCUUUUUGUUUCACGCUUGGUUUUUACAUUACUACUCGUUGGUAAAAAUAAACUGCGAGGUCUGUUUUGAACCAGUAGACUUGUUUAGUGACGAGAACAUUUAAUAUUGUGCGAUUUGUGUCAAUUUGCGUUUUUCGUGAAGGUAGCACAAUAAACCCCCAACUUCGGUGUGUUUCUUUUGUGAAGAAUUGAUUUAAAACGUGGUCAUUAAUCACUUAACCGGUUUGGCGGGCAUCACAUUAUUACUACAGCUAUCCUUCUAUAACUACACUGCUAUAAUUUUGAUUGUAUUAAUAAACAUAGCUGUCAUCUUUUAUAGAUGUGGUGAUGGUGAACAUUUUAAGCAGCAAAAGAGGAAUCAAAACCAGAUCCCCUGUGAAUUUAAAACAAGCUGCUAGAGGAACUCAACCAGUCAGGCAGCAUCUGUGGGGGCAAGGGGAUAUGCAACAUUUUUGGGUCAAGACCCUGCAUCAGGACCUGAAAAAUUAAGUAUCCCUUUGCCUCCAUAGAUACUGUCUGAUCUGCUGAGUUCUUCCAGCAGUUAAUUUUUGCUCCAGAUUCCAGCAUCUGCAAUCUGUUGUCUCCCCUGUGAAGUUGAUGGGGUCACCCUCUAAGUUUUGUGUAAAAUCCCCUUAGUUGUAGUUACAGGCAUCUGGCUGCAACACAAGUUCACUCAUUUUCCCACACACCAACAGUGGUGAGUACAAUGUACUCUACAUCCAAUAAUCACUAUUAUAUUGAAACAUGACACCAAGCUGUGAGUACAGUCAGUGUUAACCUGCAACCAAAAUUUGAAACCUACAUCUUCCAAACCAACCUGAGCAUCUCCUGCUUUGUUUACCAACCUACAUUUUUUUUAAAGAAAACAUGUCCUGUGAACCAGAUUUUGAAGGGAGUCUGCUAUGAUUGCUCAUUAAGGAUGAGGCAGGUUGCAACAACACUACCAUUUGGAGUUUGGUUAUAUGAAGAAUGGUUACAUAAAUAUUGGAAUUUUAUAUUCCAAUUUCCAAAAUUAACAUUUGCUGUACAUUUGGAAAUAGUAUUUGUUUCAAGCUUUGCUCUCAGAAUCUAUUAAAUGUGAUAUUUACAAUAAAAAUUGAAAUUGUAGAUGGGUAAUUUGUAAAGAUACAGAUGUUUGAAAACUUUUUCAUUAGCAGUAUGAAGUUUUUUCUUAUUGACCCCACUUUCUGUUAAACCUAUUUACAGCUCGUAAAUGUCAUGUUCCUUAAAAGAAGAGUCAAGACACCUGUAAUUAUCAAGUUCAUAUUCUGAGUCAUUUUCAUGAUAUAGUCCAUUAAUUUUAUGCAUGAUAUGCACAACUAGAUUUUUAUGGACUAUAUACACAAUCAAGUAAUUUAUGAAGUUAUCAAUGCAUGUCUAUACUAAAGCUGUAAACAAAAUGGCAUUGAUAAAGUCAUAUAUUUUGCAUUUGCCAAUCAUUCAUCCUUCAAUAAGUACUCCAUUUGAUAGCAGCCACAAUGAAUAUUUUGGUUCAUUGCUGUGAUACAUUAUUCUUCUAUCAAUGGAAUAGAAAUGUCCAACUAGGACAGUAAAUACUGUAAUAAAAUGUAAUUGGAUGUACAUUCAAUGUAGUAAUUUCUUUUGGUGUGCUUUGGCCUUUUGCACCUUCCUUUCUGGAUUUAUUUCAUUCUCCUCUCAUUAAUUCCAAAUAAUCUCCUGGAGUCUGAUGUUAUUUACUAGAGAUGAAAUGCAUUAGCUGAAGACCACAAAGAAUACAAUAAAAUAAAAGCAGAAGUAGGUCUGUUAUGCCUGCUCACCAUUUAAUAAAAUCAUGACUGAACUUUUGUAACAUUUGUCUAGUCUAAUGAGAAACUUCUGUAGCUCGUGUCUUCAUAGCCCAACAAUCUUUCUGUUGGAAAAUUCAGACAUUGUGUUUUAAUGCAAAUUUUCAUGUAAAUUUCAAAUCAGUCCAAGAGUAAGAGGUAGUUGUGAUAUAAAAGAUACCUUCUGAAUGGAUUAAGGAUAGGGAAACUUGAGGUAUAGAUUGACCAUUAUUCAGUUUAAUGAAUUGUGGGGUGAAGGCCAACACUUCCAGUGUUUUCUCAUUCCUGCAAGGAUUGUGCAACUUGUUUCUAUAAAUAACCAUCAGCUCACAAUUAUCAGCUCACUUGUUGUUGAGAAUUUUGUAGUCCCUGGUGUUUGCCAGAAGGUAUGUGACUUUUUGCACUUUCAAUCUAUCUGAAAACAGAUUGAGUAAAUAUUUGGUUAAAUGGGACUAGAUACAAAUCAUUAAGUUGCUGUGUUUCACAAAUAAACAUUCAGAGCAACAUUAAACAUUGGGUAUGUUUAUGGCAAUUGUAAUUCUUGUGGUAAUUGCACAUUUUUCCCACCUUAUUGCUAGGCUUAAACAAAAUAAGUUAGAAAUAAUCUUCUCUGCACUCCUGUCCUUUUGUUGUUUGAAAGUCCUUCCCUCCCCUGCUGUGAUUUGUAAGAGAAAGAAAGAAAAGCACAGUCAAGCAGGAGGUUCAGAAAGUGAAUGCUGCAAAGCUGUUGGGUAGCAAUCACAAAUAUCUGAUGAUGAUCAAGAAGCUACAGAACCAGCACUCCUGGCUGAUGAAGGGAAGAACUGACACCUAUAAAAGUAACCCUCACAGAAUCAACGUACCCCUAACCUUCAAAAACAAUGGCAGUUUCAAAUUUGUGACCUAUAAUAAGUGGAAAAAAUGCCAAAAUUGAUUGAAUGCUCAAAACUAAACAAUGUUAGAAAAAAAUUAGAUUUAGUUGCCAGUUUUAUCAUGCAUAAUAAUGGUAAUACAAUUGAUCUUAUGCAAAUGUGACCAACAUGCUUGGUUUCAAUGUAAAUAAAAUUACAUUUUGUGUGAA